UGCGCAGUUGAAGUUAUUCAAUUAACCAUAUCUAAAACUAUUGUAAAGCUAGCGAGCAAUGGAGCAAAUCAAACUGAAAACAAGAGAUGGAGGCAUCAUGAGCGUGAAGAGGAGCGUGCUUAAGCUUUCGCCGGUGUUGCUUGCAAGGCUGGAAGCUGUGGAAAAGACCCUGGAUCAGGAUGGAAAGAAUGUCGACUUCAUCGUUGUUCCUGAAGUGGAUGAGGCGCAUUUGCAGCUUCUGAUGGAUUGGAUGAAACAUCGCGAUGGUAGGGUUGUUGCUCUCGACGGUGGAAGCUCCGAAAUUCCCAACAACCAGGAACACAAUGGCGUGGAACAAAAUCCAUCGGAUCAACCCUGGACCGAAUGGGAUGAGAAAUAUUUUGUCGAACAUCACGAGCAUGCUUACCUGUUGAUUAGCGUGGCAAGCGCACUGAAUAUAGACAUAUUUGUGAAAACUUGGAGUCGCCGACUGUUCGAAUGGAUAAGAAGCAAGAGUCAAAGCGAGGUGCAGGAAAUGGUGUGCUUAUACAAAGGCACAGCUUCAAGAUUCCUGAAUUACGACGGAUCUUCUAUGGAUAUGGAGAUGGAUUUUUGUGACUAAAAUCAGAGUGGAACAAUCAGCUA